AUGGCCAUCUACUUCGCCCCGCUUCCCCCACCCCUCCCCGGAUCGUUCUCUCUCCCAAGAAUUCCCCAAUUCGAUCGGCAAGUACAGCCCUCUGGCCUCAGCGGUCUGGUGGUAUGGCGUAUUGAGAAUUUUAAGCCAGUUCCUGUGGCGACAUCUUCACAUGGAAAAUUUUACAUGGGUGAUUCAUAUAUCAUCUUGAAGACAACAGCUUUGAAAAAUGGUUCCUUUCGCCAUGACAUCCAUUAUUGGCUUGGUAAAGACACUAGUCAGGAUGAGGCUGGAACUGCUGCAAUUUUAACUGUGGAGCUUGAUGCUGCGCUUGGAGGACGUGCUGUCCAGUACCGGGAAGUACAAGGCAAUGAAACUGAAAGGUUUCUCUCAUAUUUUAGGCCUUGCAUCAUGCCACAACCAGGAGGGGUAGCUUCUGGGUUCAACCAUGUAGAAGUCAAUGAUCAGGAGCAUGUUACCCGCUUAUAUGUGUGCAGAGGGAAACAUGUUGUCCAUGUUAAAGAGGUUCCUUUUACUCGUUCAUCCCUUAACCAUGAGGACAUAUUUAUUUUGGAUACCAAGUCCAAAAUUUUCCAGUUCAAUGGUUCCAACUCAUGCAUCCAAGAGAGGGCAAAAGCUCUUGAAGUUGUACAGUAUAUCAAAGAUACUUUCCAUGAGGGCAAGUGUGAAGUUGCAGGGGUUGAGGAUGGGAAAUUAAUGGCUGAUGCGGAAGCUGGUGAAUUUUGGGCUUUGUUUGGGGGCUUCGCUCCUCUUCCAAGGAAGACACCUUCAGAGGAUAAGGAAGACAGGGAAAUCGCCAUCAAAUUGAUAUGCAUCAACCAAGGAAAAUUGGAACAAAUUAUUUUUGAAUCCUUGGCGCGUGAGUUACUUGAGCCAAACAAAUGCUACUUGCUUGACUGCGGUGCUGAAAUGUAUGUUUGGAUGGGCAGAAGUACUUCUUUGCAAGAAAGAAAGGGUGCGAGCAAUGCUGCUGAGAAACUACUCAUUGAUGAUAGCCGAGCAAAAUCACAUGUUAUCAAAGUGAUCGAGGGAUUCGAGACAGUCAUGUUCAAGUCAAAAUUUAUUGAGUGGCCACCCACACCUGAUUUGAAGUUAUCAUCUGAGGACGGAAGAGGCAAAGUUGCAGCUCUCCUCAAAAGUCAAGGAUUAGAUGUUAAAGGCUUGAUGAAAGCCGCACCUGUAAAAGAAGAACCCCAGCCUUACAUUGAUUGCACAGGUCAUUUGCAGGUGGAGAGGGUGUCAGCGAUGUCACUGGCUAGCAAGAUGGUUCAGGCUGCAAAGUUCCAGGCUGUCCAGGUUCGGCUUUAUGAAGGGAAAGAACCAAUUCAGUUCUUUGUCAUAUUUCAAAGUCUUCAAGUGUUCAAGGGUGGCCUUAGCUCUGGAUACAAGAACUUUGUUGUUGAAAAUGAUAUUGUGGAUGACACUUACUCUGAAGGUGGGAUUGCCCUAUUCCGGAUUCAGGGUUCAGGAUCAGAAAACAUGCAAGCACUUCAAGUAGACACACUGGCUUCCUCCUUAAACUCGUCCUAUUGUUACAUUCUACACAAUGGAAACACCGUGUUCACAUGGACUGGCAACGCUACGACCUCAUUGGAUCAUGACUUGGUUGAGAGGCAGCUAGAUGUAAUUAAGCCAGAUCUGCCUUCCAGGUCACAAAAGGAGGGGAGAGAAACCGACCAAUUCUGGGAACUACUGGGUGGUAAAUCCAAGUAUCCAAACCAAAAAGUUGGAAGAGAAAAUGAAAGUGACCCCCAUCUUUUCUCAUGCAUCAUAUCCAAAGGCAAUAUAAAGGUCAAAGAAAUACACAACUUUACUCAGGAUGAUCUGAUGACAGAGGAUGUUUUCGUUCUUGAUUGUCACUCAGACAUAUUUGUUUGGGUUGGCCAGGAGGUGGAUGCCAAAGUGAAAUCACAAGCUAUGGAUAUUGGAGAGAAAUUUCUUGUUCAUGAUUUCCUUAUGGAGAAACUAUCACGAGAAACACCAAUAUUCACUGUGUCAGAAGGUAGCGAGCCACAUUUUUUUACUAGAUUCUUCAACUGGGACUGCGCAAAAUCUCUUAUGCAUGGCAGUUCAUACCAGAGGAAGUUUGCUGUCCUAAAGGGUGGAGCACCUCCAUCACUGGAAAAACCAAAACGACGAACACCAGCAUUUAUGGGAAGAAGUUCGGGACAAGAUAAAUCUCAGCGUUCAAGAAGCAUGUCCACUAGCCCGGAUCGUCCACUUGUUCGUGGAAGGUCUCCAGCCUUCAAUAUGUUAACUUCUGCCUUUGAGAACACAAACAAAAGCAAUACUAGGAACCUUUCCACCCCUCCCCCCGCUGUGAGAAAGCUUUUCCCAAAAUCUGGAGGCCCUGAACACUCAAGGGUGUCACCCAAAAAAUCAGCUAUGAGUGCCCUCACCAGCUCUUUUGAAGGUCCCUUGAAAAGUACAAUACCAAAAUCGGUAAAAGCGAGCCAUGAGCCAGAGAAGGCGAUACAGGGGGAAGGUGCCGCAAGCAGUGCAAAUGAAAACGAGCAAGAAGAUGAUGAAGGCACGAUCUACCCAUAUGAACGUCUGACAACCACAGCUGAAGAUCCUGCCCCUGACAUCGACUUGACCAAACGAGAGGCCUACUUAUCGUCAGCCGAGUUCAAUGACAAAUUCAACAUGACAAGGGCGGCGUUCUACAAGCUCCCCAAGUGGAAGCAGAACAAAUUGAAGUCUGGUGUCCAGCUUUUUUAG